AUGGAAACCCCUGCCACCUUCUACCUUGUGGGCAUCCCAGGUUUGCCAUCUUCACAUCUUUGGCUGGCUAUCACACUGAGUACCAUGUAUACCAUAGCCCUGUUAGGAAACACCCUCAUAGUGACUGUAAUCUGGAUGGAUUACGCUCUACAAGAGCCCAUGUACUAUUUCCUGUGUGUUCUGGCUAUCGUGGACAUUGUUAUGGCCUCCUCCGUAGUGCCCAAGAUGGUGAACAUCUUUACCUCAGGAGACGGCUCUAUCAGCUUUAAUGCUUGUUUCACUCAGAUGUAUUUUGUCCAUGCAACCACAGCUGUGGAGACAGGGCUGCUGCUGGCCAUGGCUUUUGACCGCUAUGUAGCUAUCUGUAAGCCCCUACACUACAAGAGAAUUCUCACACCUCAAGUGAUGCUGGGAAUGACUGUGACCAUCACUAUCAGAGCUGUCAUAACCAUGACUCCAUUAAGUUGGUUGGUGAGUCAUCUACCUUUCUGUGGCCCCAAUGUGAUUCUCCAUUCCUACUGUGAGCACAUAGCUGUGGCCAAGUCGGCAUGCGCUGACCCCAUGCCCAGUAGUCUCUAUAGUCUGCUUAGUUCUUCCAUUAUUGUGGGUUCUGAUGUGGUCUUC